GAUAACCGAGAAAGGGAGAAACAUAAGAAGGUGGAAAUUUUCAUGCGAGUCUUUAUACAGUUGUGGCUUUACGAGUUGUGGCUUUGCGAGUUGUGUCACCUCAAUAGUCGACGAAGCAACCUAACCACGUUCGUCAGAUCAAAUCUAUCUCCACCCAAUCUGCUGUCCGAUCAGAAUCCAAGUCACCCACAACAUUUUCAAUUCGACGCUGAGGCGAGGGUGAACAAAGCAGUGUUCUUGCGACGGCGAAGUCACGUGAUAGCCUAACUUCCACUCGCCUCUUAAAAGCGCAUGCAUUCACGCGCCUUCUUCUCUCACUCAAUCCCUAUCUUCUUCCCUACGUUGAUUUACGAGAGAGAAAGAGAAAGAGAGAGAAAGAGAAAGAGAAAGAGAAAGAGAGAGAGAAAGAGUGGCGUGGAAAUGACUCGAACUAUUCGCUUUCUUCUCUCUCUCUCUUGUUUGGUAAUGGAAUGAGAUUAGCCUAUUUCUUCCUCCUCCCUUCUGCCCGUAAUUCCUUCGAAUUCUUCGCCUCCCUCUCCCCUGUCUUCCUCCUAAACCCUAACUCUCUCCAUUGCUAACCCUUUCUCUUUUUCUUUCAUUCAUUUUUUGCUGUCUUCCCUUCAAUUUUUGUCGGAUUUUCUUUUUUUGGGUGCGGUUCGAUCUCUCCCUUCUGACUUUUUUGUGGAUCUAAAUUUUCGUGAACUUUGAAGCUGAUGUAGUUUGUGUUGGUUGUGAACUUGAAUGGAGUCCCUUACAAAAUUUUACUAUCAUUUGUUCGUCAAUUGAAGCGGAUGAGGUGCCUUAUUUGAAUGAGGACCUGUUCCAUUGGUGUAACAGCAUAAAUAACAUUUGCUGUGUUGAAACUCAAAAUGGCAAAAGGGAGCAAGGGACGUCGCAGGUUGGCUUCCCGUCAAUUCAGGUCAAACCCGUAUCCACUCCCUUAUAAGAGGGUUUUCCCAGAGGAUUUGUGCCCAAGGGAUUGUGUCAACGCUGUGGAUAAGAAGUACUGGGAAGACUCAACAUGCUCGGUUUGCAUGGAGUACCCACACAAUGCUGUUCUGUUACUUUGUUCAUCUCAUGAUAAGGGUUGUCGUCCCUAUAUGUGUGGUACAAGCCUACGUUAUUCCAAUUGCCUUGACCAGUACAAAAAGGCUUACACCAAAGUAAUUUCAUCCAACAACGUACAAGCAGUGAGUGCCUCAAUCGACAACCCAGGUGUUGUACAAGACCCAAGUUUACUGGGUGAAAAUCAUGAAGUGACUGAGCUAGCGUGCCCCCUCUGUCGUGGGCAGGUGAAAGGAUGGACUGUGGUUGAACCUGCUCGAGAAUAUCUGAAUGCUAAAAAGAGGACCUGUAUGCAGGAUAGCUGCACGUUCGUAGGAAAUUACAAGGAAUUAAGGAAGCACGUGAGAUCGGAGCAUCCAUCUGCAAGGCCGCGGGAGGUGGAUCCUGUGCUUGAACAAAAAUGGAGAAGUCUGGAACGGGAACGCGAGAGGAAUGAUGUGAUGAGCACAAUCCGGUCGACAAUGCCUGGAGCUGUGGUCUUUGGGGAUUAUGUGAUAGAAGGAAAUAAUUUUGGAUUUGAUUCUGACGAAGAGGACGGAGGGUUGAAUGCUAAUUCUGCAGAGAGGAAUGGGGGUUUUGAAGUGGGUUUUGAUAGUAAUUUGGUGAAUAUGUUUCUUCUGUUACAUGCUUUUGGUCCAUCGAGUGGUGACCUCAACAGACGGCUUAGACAGCCAGAGAGAAUUUUCUCUCCCAGAUCAAACGAAGGCGUGGCAGGCAUUCCGAACACCACUCCACUCAGUAGUUUUGAUUCCAUUAAUGAAGGCAGUGAUAAUGGUGGAAGUGACGACGACAAUGGGAGUGGUAUGUCAUUGGUUAGCCGCCUUCGCCAUCAUGGGAGGGUACUGUUGGGACGUUCGGGUAGGAGGCGUAGGAAUAGAGAAAAUAGUAGCCAUAGAUAAUCAAAUUGGGCACAGAAAGAGAAAGGAGGGGUAGGAAUAGGAAACAUUUCGCAGGUACAUAGUUUAAGAAAAAGAAAACGUAGAAGAAAAUUUUAAAUAAAGGAUUACAACUUGUGGAGUUUGCAGCAAAAUUGAUCACAUUUGCCCCAUCUGUAAAGGGGAGAUGGAAAGUUGGCAGGUUAGCCUGUCGUGUAAUUUAUUGUUAAUUGUAUAAUUUCCUGAUUGCCUUAUCCUCCUCUUGAUGAUACGUCAUUUGGUUGAAGAUUUACAUGUAAUCAUCUCAAAUUAAUGUAUUUUCUCGACAUUGGUUCACAAAGUCAUUCCACAAAUGACACCAAUUUGUUUACGUAA